UACCGACCUGGAGCAUCAGUGUUCGAUUGAACGAUCUUUGCAAGCAACGGUUUUUCAGUUACCUUCUAAAGCUAAAACACAACUCAAACAGUGAAUUCAACAUGAAACUCACGCUCGUUUUCCUGCUGUUCGCGCUGGUGUGUGCCGCGUACGCCCAAACCGAUGCCGCCAAGGACGCGGCAAAGGAUGCUACGGACAAGGUGAAGGAUAAGGCUGCCCUGCCGGAUGCGCCCAAGCUGGACAAGGAUGCAGUGACGACGCCCGAUCCAAAGGACGCCGCCAAGAAGGUGGAAGAUGCGGCCGGCAAGGCGAAAGAUCAGGCCGCCGAAGUGGGCAAGAAGCUGACCGACGCAUUCAAGCUGUAAAGAACGACGUGCGGCAAAGAUAGCUGCAACGAUAACGUGGGAGUUUUAUCGCUUCCCGCGCGCAAUGCGAAACACACUCACAUUUGACACAGUCCAAUAAAAGUGGUGCUUGAGGGCAAAGAAGAAAACAAAAACCAACUUCAUGCCACAGUAAGAA